CAGCUUUGUUUUAUAACCCUGACAGACUGCGUCUUUUUUUCGACAAGCACGAGAGCGCCAUUGGACCAAGAAUGUGGAAGCCACCAGUCAACUUCCUUACUUUGCAUUAUGCAUUCAUUAUAUUUCUUGGUCUCUUGGGACUGGUCAUUCUGUACCCAUACGGGAACCUGCACGCCGUCGAUGCAUACUUCUUUGGUGUCAGCGCGGCUACCGAGUCGGGGAUCAAUACCGUGGAUGUCAAAAGCCUGAAGACCUACCAGCAGGUGUUCAUUUACUUCGUUCCCAUGAUCUCUAACCUGGGGUUUAUCAAUAUCAUAGUAGUAGUCGUCCGACUGUACUGGUUUGGGAAGCGCCUGAAAGCAAUAACACCGAGGUCACUGUCUGCUCGCCCGCAAACUCUAGAGAAAGAUAACGACCAGAUUGAUCAGGAAGCACAGCUGGGUAGUGUCCAGCCAGCAGCAGAAGAACAUAUCGACGCUGAUUCGAACAAUCGGCCUGACGCUACGAAAACCUCGGACUCCAGCGCAGCUGAAGAUAAUGCUGCUAAUUUGCAUGUCUCUUUCGCGGAUGGCCCUAAAGCUCUGUACAUCCCGUCUCCCCGCGAGCAAGACAGAGGACAAACUAUACGAGAGGUCGACGCUCCCAACGUUGCUGAUGAUCUGGAAAUCAAGGAGGAAUCAGGACCCGACCUUCGUCGCAGACUGGCCAAAGGCAUCGGGGUCAAUGGGCCCUCGUUGAGAAGGGCCGCGUCGUCUAUGCUCGCGCCGGGAAUGCAGUCCGACUAUCAACCACGACUGGCAAAAUCCAUUUCGCUUGCCAAGGAUUCCAAUUUUCCUAGACUGUCAUCACAGGCAACGCUUGGUCGAAACUCCCAAUUUCACAACCUCACCGAGGAAGACAGGGAACAGCUAGGUGGGAUUGAGUACCGCAGCCUGAAGCUGUUGCUGAAGAUUGUGAUCGGAUUUUUCUUUGGACUACACAUCUUGGGCGCCAUAUGUCUGGUCGGUUGGAUUAGACAUGCAGACCCUAAAUACAGAGACUACCUGGACGAAUGCGGACAGGGAAGCAUAUGGUGGGGCUUUUAUUCAGCCCAAACCAUGGUAGACAAUCUCGGCUUCACGCUCACCCCCGACUCCAUGGUUUCUUUCCGAGAUGCCACCUUUCCCAUGCUGAUAAUGAGCUUUCUCGCCUACGCCGGAAAUACGCUCUACCCCUGCGUUCUCCGCCUCAUCGUAUGGGUAAUGUACAAACUGGCCCCCGAAGGGUCGUCCAUGAAGGAGCCCCUCAAUUUCCUCCUCCGCUACCCGCGCCGCUGCUACACGCUCUUAUUCCGGAGCAAACCCACAUGGAUCCUCUUCGGCAUCAUCUUUGCCAUGAAUUUCAUUGAUGUGCUCUUCAUCGUCGUACUCGACCUCAACAAUCCAGCUGUCAGCGAGCUCCCUGGUGGAUCGCGCGUCGUGGCCGCCAUAUUCCAGUCUGCGUCGGCUCGACACACGGGUACCGCGUCGUUCAACCUGGCGGAUGUCAACCCGGCCGUACAGCUGAGUCUGCUGGUGAUGAUGUACAUCUCCAUCUUUCCAAUCGCGAUCAGCGUGCGCGCCUCCAAUAUUUACGAGGAGCGCACGGUGGGUGUGUAUGAGACCGCGCACGACCUCGACGAGAACAGCGGGACCAAGUACGUGCUGGCGCACAUGCAGAACCAGCUCACCUUCGACCUGUGGUAUAUCUUUCUGGGCAUUUUUGUUUUGUGUAUUUCCGAGUCAGGGCGCAUCAUGGAUCCCGACGAACCGGGAUUCUCGGUGUUUGCCAUAUUCUUCGAAGUCGUCUCCGCAUACGGAAACGUCGGCCUCAGCCUCGGCUAUCCCGGCGCGUCGACCUCCCUCAGCGGGCAGUUCAACGUCUUCAGCAAGGUCGUCGUCUGCCUUAUGAUGAUUCGCGGGCGGCACCGAGGCUUGCCGUACCAGGUGGACCGGGCUAUUCUGCUUCCUUCGGAUCGUCUCGUCGAAGAUGAUCAGGUGUCGGCUACACUGCGAGGGGAUAGGACCCAGAGCUGCCAGGCGGAUGUUCCGCUGAAGGUGAAGCGGUAUCAUACACAGUAGUAGACGGUUAGACUGUUGUAGUAGUAUCACUCAUAGAAUUUGUUCAGGGACCAUAUAAGAAACGAG